UCGAUGCUUCGUCGUUGUACAUCGGUAAGAAACCAGUUUCUGUUCGUGCUUAUACGAUCGACGGGCAUCGAUCGGCACCGCGUCAAUCGUUCGAUUACGACCGUGCGCGCGCGCAUGCGCGCACUCGCUCGCGUUUCGACCUCGACUGAAGACCGUUUCGAAAUUUUCGACACGUGGAAUUGAGCGGGAGUACCUCCGAGAAAUAUCGGCAUUGUGUGCAAACUAGAGAUAAGACCCAUUCGCGACUUCCUAGCGAACGGUUUGUUGUCCGGAUGAACCGAAGCGAAAGAGGGAGGGAAAAAAACAGAGAUAAAUAAAUAAAGUAAUGAUGAUGCUCAGCAAGUUGAGCACGAGACUGCGAUACGUUGGAAGGAAGCUCCUUUUGAGUAGUGGCGAGUUUUCCGCCGGUCCAAAAAGUCAUGCAAGAGGGACGCACUUUAAAUAUUUUCCGUGUGAAAAACCGAUCGUCGCCGGUGAGACUCAAAAGCUGAAUAUGUAUCAAGCUAUAAAUCAUGGGCUUAACAUUGCAUUGGAAAACAAUCCACGUUCAGUGGUGUUUGGCGAGGAUGUGGCAUUCGGAGGUGUCUUUCGUUGCACGAUGGACUUGAAGAACCGUUACGGUGCUAAUCGUGUCUUCAACACGCCUCUCUGCGAGCAAGGAAUCGCCGGUUUCGGAAUUGGUUUAGCCAACGCAGGAAUAUUGGCGAUUGCCGAAAUACAAUUUGCCGAUUACAUAUUCCCCGCUUUCGAUCAGUUGGUAAACGAAGCGGCCAAAAUGAGGUAUCGAAGCGGCAAUAUGUUUGACUGUGGCAAGCUUACGAUUCGUGCACCUUGCGGAGCCGUUGGCCAUGGUGGUCUUUAUCACUCUCAAAGCCCGGAAGCCUACUUUGCACACACUCCCGGUUUGAAGAUCGUCGUCCCUCGCGGAGCGAUGCACGCAAAGGGUCUCCUGUUGAGCUGCAUCGACGAGCCGGAUCCCUGUAUCAUAUUCGAACCUAAAACUCUGUAUCGCAUAGCAGUCGAAGAAGUACCCGUUGCACAUUACAAGAUUGAAAUCGGCAAGGCUGAAAUUGUAAGAAGCGGUGAUGCCGUGACACUCGUUGGCUGGGGCACUCAGGUGCACGUAUUGCUGGAGGUGGCCGACCUAGUCCAGGAGAAACUCGGCGUAUCCUGCGAGGUGAUAGACCUCGUCUCCAUUCUACCUUGGGACGCGGAACUUGUAUGCAAGUCAGCGAAGAAAACCGGACGCGUUAUCGUCGCCCACGAAGCGCCGAUGACGAAUGGAUUUGGGGCAGAAAUAGCUGCAACGAUUCAAACGGAGUGCUUUCUGCACCUGGAGGCGCCGGUUCAAAGAGUCACAGGAUGGGACUGUCCUUUCCCGCAUAUCUUCGAACCGUUCUACCUACCGGACAAGUGGCGUUGUUUCGCGGCUGUCCGAGACAGCCUUAAGUACUGAGGUUGAGACAAAGGGUGGCCAUGGCAGUUGCAGUGGAAAAAUUAAGAAGAAAUUUUGAGAACCUGUUGCCCGCAGAAUGUUUUCAAAUUACUCUAAAAGCAUAUCGUUUUUAUUAUCAGUCAAACGUUUAACAUUAUUUAAACACGAUCUUCUAUAUAUUUUAAUGUAAAUACCUCCUUUUUUCUUAACCAAUUAUCUGAAAGAUUACACGAUACAAAAAAGUGAAGUAAAGGAAAUAAUAAUCGCUUAAAAUCCGCCGUAUGCACUUUACAUGGUUAUUUUAUCGUUUAUAUAUAACAAAUUACUGCUCGUAAUGUAACUCGCGUAAUCGUUCAUAUUUGUAAAACACGUUUACUCUGUUAACCACACAGUGUAAACUAUUAAUUUAGUCUUGUUAAAACUACUGCUUAUCUGGAACAAAUAAAGCAUAUACACACAUAUAUCUUUCAUCGUAAGGAAAUAUGAAUCUGGAUGACCUGACUAGUGUACAUUAUACGCGCACGCAAACCCAUGUCCCUGACCCAGUUAGUCGCAACCCACAUAAAUCCAUCCCUCCUGUCUAAAUUAAUAACAUGAAAGAUGAUACAAAUCGUCGCCGGAGGCAAUAAUGCGCCGUUCGACGAAGAUGUCAGAACAGACAUUCAGGAUGGAUCGUCUAGGUAUCCUUUUUUUUUCCUCACCGAUAAAAUCUGGGUCAAGUCCUUCUUUAAUAAUAAAACUGCGCACCGAUUGUACGCGCCGUGGCAAUGUAAUAUCUCAAUCAAGGUUUCAGUCCCAAGCGCUGUCCUUUCCAGUCUAAACUUUUAGAGUCUCAUAUUCCGCUUGUCAGCAGGAUGUACAUUUUCGAGUGAAGGCGUAAAAAAAGACUGAAGAAGAGAACUCAGAUUUCAAGUCGAAGAAACGAAUACAAGAGAAGUUAGAUUAGCGACAUUAGACG